AAACUUCAUAAUGGUCAUUGAAUUGCAUCAAUUGAAGAAAAAGCGCACCGGAGCCAGCUUGAGCUCAAUUAGCUCGACAAGUUCGGAGGAAUUAUCAAUUCCUGUGGAACCACUUCAAAAAAUGGCUCCAGCCAAGCUCUACAACGAGCUCCUGCCAUUGAAGCUGAGCUUCGAGCAGCUAAAGCAAAAUGGGUACCCAUUUUGGUGCUCAACUUCCAGUCAAGCUGUCUUCGCGGCAACCGCCAACAACAAGAAGGACUGGGCUGCUCCAAACGAUUUCUACCGCAAAUGCUCGAGAUGCUCAAAAGGCUUCUACCUGAACCCGGACGGAACCGCAAACGCCCAAAAAUGCGUUUACCAUCACCGAGCCAAGUGGGAUCCGUUGACCGGGAAGAAGCAUUUGCCGUGUUGCUCCGCCAAGCCGGGUCCUUCCACAAAAGGAUGUCUGGUUGAGGAUCGCCACGUGUUCUCCCAGUCGUGGGAGGAUACCCUGUGGGAGUUUGUGGUUAGUCCACAGGCGAAAGGAAAGGAUGAUCAUCGGAGCAAUAAGGUAUUCGCCCUGGAUUGUGAGCUGGUCCAUACUCUCAACGGGCUCGAGGUGGCUAGAGUGAGCUUGGUCGACAUGAAGGGCAAAGUGCUGCUGGACACUUUUGCCCUUCCUGUAUUUGAAGUAAUCAGCUUCAACAGCACGUUUUCGGGCGUCACCGAGAAGGAUAUGGAGUCGGCGAUUUCAUUGGAAGCGUGUCGCCUGCAGCUCUUCCAACUCAUCAACUCUGAAACCCUGCUCGUCGGUCACUCCCUGGAAUCGGAUCUGAAAGCUCUCCGCCUUGUCCACCACAAUGUCAUCGACACUGCAGUCCUGUUCUCGAUCGUCGAUCCAUCCAGAUCCUACAUUCUCAAGUUGUCCCUUCAGAAUCUUGCGAAGAAAUAUCUGUGUAAGGAUGUUCAGUCGGAAGCGUCGGGUCAUUCGUCGAUUGAGGAUAGCCAUACUUGUAUGGAGCUUCUUGCCACUCGGCAUUUGUUGUCUGUUAAGUUGUGAAUAAAUUAAUUGGUUUAAA